CAGAACCGGCGCUGCAAUAAAAUCCGUUUGUUCCAAACUAUAUACGGCGGCCACGGCCACGACGGCCAGACAGUGUCGCAAUGCGACAGUGAGUGUCGAGCCGCACAUGAGCACGGAUUACUUUCUCCGCUCAGCCGCCAUCCAAAUGAGCAAUGAGCCGGAACAACAGCAGACGCAUCAGUACGACGGCGGUGAUGACGGUGGAUUACGCCGGUAGCGACGGGAGCGUCGGGCCCGGGGGCGUCGACCAACGGCUGCAGGCCAACGCUCGCGAACGCUACCGAACGCAUAGCGUCAACUCAGCCUUCAAUACGCUUCGCCAGCUGAUACCGACCGAACCGAUCAAUCGGAAGCUGUCCAAGAUCGAAACGCUGCGCCUGGCCAAGAGCUACAUCUCGCACCUGCUGGCGGUACUAGUUACCGGCAGCAACCAUCGACCGUGCGUCGAGGUAGUCAACCAUCGGAAGCAGCCGGAAGCUGCCGGUUCGCCUGACGGGGAUGACGAUUGCCACUGGGCGACGGCAGGCGAAAAUCAUCGGUACCAACGGACACCGAUUUGCACGUUCUGCGUGACCUUCGACAAGUGCUAGUGAGCCCAGUGACUCCCAGAGAGCCGAACUUCGGUGACACGUUUAGGUGAAAUAGCCAACCAUUUAUUUCUCUGCUCGCAAAGCAGCAAAAACAUCCGCAAGUGAUGCAAAUACGUAACUAAACUAAUUAAACGAAUACAGCUAAAGAAACUACAAUCAACACGAAAUCGGAUCAACACUAAUGCUAGUUAUCAAGCGAUACACCUUCUACACUAAUUAUUUCGUUCAGUUCCCUUCCGAAUUUGAUUCACUGCACUGAAGUAUUCCAAAGCGUUGUUGGCCUGUGUUCAGCGUAAUAAUUACAUUUUUAUCCAAAAAGAAUGGUACUACUGGGGCCAAAAAAGU